AUGGCACAAGUUUCUUCAGAAAUUCAAAAUGUUUCUUCUGGAGAUGGAUCAAUUGACUCAGAAGCCUACAUUGGACCUCAAUCGUGUGAGCACAUGUCCCCUGAGGACAGAGAGCUAAGAGCCAUGAUUGAAGAAGAAGCUUUUCAUGUUUUGUCUAAAGAUUCUUUGAAAAAAAGACAACAUUACACAGUUUGUGUCUCUGAACCGGAUGAAGAUAAUGACUUCCUUUCUCUCACCUUUCCUAGAAAACUUUGGAAGAUAGUUGAAAGUGACAAAUUUAAGUCUGUUUGGUGGGAUGAGAAUGGAACAUCUAUAGUCAUUAAUGGAGAACUCUUUAAGAAAGAAGUUUUGGAAAGAAAGGGCCCUUUCAGAAUAUUCGAAACUGAUAGUAUGAAGAGUUUAGUUCGACAGCUUAACCUUUAUGGAUUUAGAAAAAUGAGACAGACUUUCCAAAGAUCUGCUUCUCUGGCUGAUUUUCUGGCAGAAGAAAAAGAAGUGUCUGUUUUAAGCAAGGUAUGA